AUGUAUCAUCAAAGAACCUCUCUCAACAGAACAACCACCAAUAAUUCAUUAACUCAACCACGUACAAAUUCACCUUUAACAGCACGACGUACACUUCCACUACCAUCUCGUUUUUUUUCACAACAACAAAAACAACAGCAGCAUCAUACACAAAACCAUCAAGAUGCUGUUCAGCCGUAUUCAUCAGAUGGUGAUGUUUUUGAAUCAAAUGCCUAUCAUCGAAAUGCGUCUUCACGAAUGACAACUUAUGAUGAUGAUUAUAUUCCUUCAUCAUCACCAUCAAUUAAACGAAAACAUGCUGAAUCUUCACUUGAACAUGGAAAACAAAUGGAUGAUAUUACCAAUUGUUUGAAAACUGUUAUGAAACAACAAGAAGUUAUUGUUGAUGGUCUUCAAGCACUUCGUAAAAGUCAUAACAAAAUUCAAAAAAUGACAAUUUCAUUACUGAAUGCAAAUAAACUUGAUCAAGUCUCGGCUAAUAAACCAGUUCAAUUACCAAUCUACAAAUACAAGGAAGAAAAUCUCUUUGGUUCAAUAUCACCUGCUUUAUCAAUAACUGCCAUUCAUUGUAAGUUGAUUCGUAAACUGUAUUCACCAGAAGAAAUAAUUAAUGGUGAAGCACUAAAUGAACAAGAUGAACGAUUUGAAAUUGUAAAAGCCAUGAUUGCUGCUUUUUUUGAAAACGAACCAGAAAAAUUUAAACGUUUUUGGGAUGGUGUUGGUGGUAAACAUAUUGGUGGACAAAAACGAGCUGCUCGAAGUCGAAGUAAAAAAGCUCGACGAAAUCAAGAUCAAACUGAUCAAACAACUGAUUCUGCCAUGGCUGAAAUGAACAGUGAAUUAAACAGUCAAAAACAGUUCGAUGAUGAAGAUGAUGAUGACGACAAUGAUGAUUAUUGA